CUUUUUUCCGGGUGUAUUUUCCGGAGGAGCUUAAAGCCGACCAUGGCGACUCUCGGUGGCAGUCGUGGGGAUCGUGUCGGUAAUUCUAAUCAGCACAAGUCCUCUUUUGUUUCUCCAGAAAAAGUUCGUGAAAUUCUUAAUGAGGGCGUAUCAUCACCGGACAACGGUUCAAACAGUGGACAAAGAGAUUCAAAUGUUCUGGAAGUAGAAAGCAACACUCAAGCACCUUGCGAGGCAACAAACAAAGAAGCUUUUUUCUCCAGAGUGGAAUCAUAUUCAUGUUUGAAAUGGGCAGGCAAACCCCGCAUACUGUCCCCUCUGAUGUGUGCCAGGUAUGGUUGGAUCAACGUUGCCUGUGAUAUGCUCAAGUGCUCCAGCUGCCAGGCUUUCCUUUGUGCGUCUCUACAACCAACUUUAGAUUUUGAAAAAUAUGAAACACGUAUUGCAGAAAUAUCAAAGCAGCUUCAGACACAGCAUGAAAAGUUUUGUCCUUGGCCUUACUUUCCAUGCCCAGAGAGGUUCUGGGUGGUUCCAGCCUCUGAACCAUCAACCCUUCUUGCUGCUUUUUUGGAGCGCUUCCAGAGUGCCUGUCUGCUUUCACAGCAGCUGCCAGCUAUGAAGCCAGAGCAGCUGAAAUCCAUGUCUUUGACAGAGGAUGUCAUCAGUGUUAUACUUCAGCUGAUUGAGGAAGAACAAAAAAGAAAGGGAGACCUUACAUGCUCUGAACCAUUGACUGUCCAGGUGGCUGCAUGUAUCGUUUCUCUCUGUGGCUGGGCGGCAAGCCCAGCUCUUCACGCCAUGAACCUGCCUAUCAUCACCUGCUCCUAUUGUAUGCGGAAGGUGGGAUUGUGGAACUUUCACCAAAUGGAGGGGGCUGGAGAUGAUGCAGAAGUCUCAUCAAAUGCUUCGGGACCCUCUGCUCAUGCGGCUGUGCCUGCAUCAGGUAUCGCCAGUGAGAGCUCAGGAGACCCUUCUACAUCUGCUUCACCAACCCCACCUGCAACUCCAUGUCGCAUGAAGCUAAGGAGCCAGGACUCCACCCGCUCUGACCAGACUGAGGGGACCUCAUCUCCCAUGGCUUCACGUGCUCGAAGCAGAGACUCACCCAGUCCCAGCGAAGAGCUGCCAAGUCCUUUGACAAGGGGCAAGAGGCCUGCAACUCGAAGUCGAGGACAAGCAGAAAGCUUGGGAACUGAUAGCGCUGCCAGCCUAUACUCUCCCAAACGCUUUUGCCUGUCAACAUUUGGUGGUCCUGAUGGCCCUCUGCACAAGAGUACAUUUGACCCUCUCGCACAGCACAGGGAUUGGUGUCCCUGGAUUGCUGUGGGGAAGGAGAAUGCGAAUCCAGGGGUUAUCCCCGUUUUUGAUAAAGGCUCAGCACUUAAUCAGCAGGGCUGGAAAGCUGCUCUUGACCUCCUCAUGCCCAUGAAGAAAAACUCGGAUGCACAUGGAGACAGUCCAGCACUGGGCCCUCGUGACAAGUCAAAAAGAGUGUUUGCUAUAUUCCGUCAGUGGCAGGUAUCCUCUCCAUCUCAGUAGAGUGCUAAGAUAAAAAUGGCAUUGCCACACUGAACUGAUGAACUGACUCACCUAACUCACUCUAUCUGGUACACAAUUCAUCUUAUCGAGAACAGGAGUGUCAUAUUUUUUAAAUAGUGUAUGCCAUCCCUUAAGGAUCUGUUUACAGUUUGUGUUUAUUGAGGGAAAUGAAUGAGUGUGUUUUUUCUGAACUGUCAAAUGUGAAUGAUGCCUAUGAGCUUUUCUAAACAUUUGAAUUCUGCUACUUGGGCAUUAGUGAUUUAGAGCUGCAGGGGCUUAAAAUAGCCUUGUUUUUGCGUCUAUAUGAACAGUCAACAGGUAAUGGAACUCAUCUCUGUAAAUAAAGAGGGCACUAGGAAGGUAUGUACUUUUAGUCACAUAAAGACUGCUACAACUUUCCUUAAUGCCACUAUGAUGGUUUUUGAUUUUCUGUGGAAAACAAGACACAAUGAAUCUCUGAUUCUGAGAACAGGUCAAAUGGCUGUACACUGGAAAGAUGAUGCUUGCCUUCACUGUGUUGAGUCAUUUUCAGGAGCGGUAAACAUUGACCUCAGAUUAGCAAAAAUAAGAAUAAUAAUAAUAAUAAAAACUGUGAGUAAGUUCUUUUAUGUAUGUAAUAUUAUUUUGCUAAAAGCAAGAUAGAUGUGAGUUCUUACUUUCUUUUUUGCCCUGAUUGUUGCGGACAUGUAGAAUGAUGUGCCACACAUUUCAGACCUGUUUUUUUUUUUUUUUUUUUUUUUUUUUUUAACAUCUCGUUCUCA